UUUUCAUUAUACCGUAAUAAUGUAAUGACGUUAAAAAUGAAAUAAUAUAAUAUUGAGGAAGCCACCAAUCUCUCUCCUCCCACAUUCUUUUCUAUAUAUAUAGAGAUAGAUGCUUGGCUUUUCCUUUAUCUUUACUCUCUAUCUCUCCUUUUCUCUCUUCUCGCUUUCUCUCAAUCACAAUCUUCUCUACAUAUUUCAUAGAAGCUUGUGAAAUGGAUUAUUCUUCGAUGCACCAGAAUGUGGUGGGAGUAUCUUCAUGUUCAUCACAAGAAUACCAGAACCAGAAGAAACCAUCUCCGGCGAGUAGGCCAGCUCCACUGGAGCAAUCUCUGAGAUGUCCUCGCUGCGACUCCACCAACACAAAGUUCUGUUACUACAACAACUACAGCCUCUCUCAGCCUCGCUACUUCUGCAAAUCUUGUCGGAGAUAUUGGACCAAAGGCGGGAUCCUAAGAAACAUUCCCAUCGGUGGGGCCUACCGGAAGCACAAACGCUCCUCCUCCGCUACUAAAAACCUUAGAACAACCCCUGAACCGCCGAUGAUGAUGACCCACGACGGGAAAACAUUCCCGGCGGCGAGUUUCGGCGGGUACAGUAACAGCAUUAACAAUGAGCAGAUGGAGCUUGGGUUAGCAUUUGCCUUUCUGAACAAGCAACCUCUAGGGUGUCCUUCUGAAUUCGGAAGCUCUCAGUCUCCGAUGGGCAUGGAGGGUGUGUUUGGGACUACGCAGAUGGAGAACGCGGGUUAUGCGUUUGGAAAUGGUGGAGGCGGUCUGGAGCAGAUGGCGACAAGUGAUCCAAACAGGGUCUUGUGGGGAUUCCCAUGGCAGAUGAACAUGGGAGGAGGAGGAGGAGGAAGUGGUCAUGUUGAUCAGAUUGAUUCAGGGAGAGAGGUUUGGAGUAGUACUGUCAAGUACAUUAACACUGGUGCUUUAUUGUAGUCUGUUUAUCAAUCAUUUUCAUUAGCUUCAGAUUAUUGGAUUCUGGAUUUCUUGGGUAGAGAAAGGGAUACUUAUGAAAUUAAUGGGGAAAGAAAAUAGAUAUAUUGUGCUUUCUUGGAAUAUGAAGUGUGAUUUUUCUUUAUUUCUGAUCGAAUUUCUUGAGCUUUUACUUUUUGGUAUUUCACUAUAUGGCUCAACUGAACAA